GCCGAUGCAGCAAUUCAAUCUGUGCAGCAUUCUAUUGUUUUCUGUUUACCUUUUUGUAAUAAGUGUUUCAUUUGUGACUUUCGCCGAAUGUUGAAGUAGAGAUCUAAAUAAUUUUUAAAUUCAAAUAUCACAUUAACGAUGAAAUAUGUUGAUAUAUUCCUCUGUACAUAUUUAAUAUCUUGUAUUAAAGCAGAAAUGUAAAAUGGUGCCACUUUUAAUGAUGAUGCAUACUUUGGCUAGUAAACGACGAAUUGCAAGGCAGCAAAGUGAAAUAAAAACAUCUAAAAUGGAUUGUUGUAGGACUUGCCUAAGUACUGAAAAUCUUAGUGAUAUUUUUAUUAAUAAGGAAACCAUUAUAAAACGGACGCAAGAUCUGAAACUUAUCACAGGCUUGGAGAUUAAUUACCAGGACAGCUUAUCACAGAAAAUAUGCAAAAUGUGUUCAGAUAUAAUAAGAAUGGCAUUAAAGUUCCGUAGAAAAAGUCGUAAAGCUGAAAAAACCUUGUUAAACAUGAAACAUAAAGGUAUUAUAUCAGAAAAAAUAUGUAAUAAUGUAAUUGAGAAAAAAGAUCAUAAUAUUGAAACGAAUGAUUAUAGUUAUAAUUAUUAUGAUGACGAUUUUGACAAUCAUGAUUAUGAUGAUGAAAAACCUAAGGAAGUUAAACAGAAAACCCUGCUCAAGAAAAAGGGUGCCAAAGUACCAAUAGCUACAUCAUAUAAGUGUAAUAUAUGUAAUAAGGAAUUUCGUAUGAAGGCAACAUAUAGGGCACACAUGCGAUUUCAUACUAACUUCUGUGUUUGUGAGGCCUGUGGAAAACGAUGUAGGAACAAUAAUCAAUUACAAGAGCAUAAAAGAGCAAGACACGGCUUGGGCAAAAUACAUAAGUGUGCUUACUGUGAAUAUAGUUCAGCUACAAAAGAAGCCCUAAUUAUACAUGAGCGUAGACACACUGGUGAAAGACCGUACAUUUGUGAUCAUUGCGGAGCCAGCUUUUAUCGUAGAUCUACUCUUGUACAACACAUAGCUAUACACUUACCAGAAAAGAACUUUCAAUGUGACAUGUGUCCAAAGAGGUUAAAAUCGAAAAAGUUUCUCCAAAUACAUAAGCACAAUGCACAUACAGGGAAACGGUAUGGGUAUCUUUGUCCAAUAUGUGAACACCGCUUUGAGAAACCAAAUAAAGUCAGAGCACACACGAGACGGGUACAUGGUGUACCUGAUGAACAGCAUGGUGCUAUUGUGAGAGUUCAAUUGUAGUCAUCAUCAUCCUCUGCAAAGCCGCUGCAAAGUGGAGCUAUAGUGAACUUUUAAGCAAUCAUCAUUGAUGGAAAAAUCUUUAUCAUUUUUGGAG